AAGAGAGAGAGAGAGAGAGAGAGAGAGAUAAGGGGGAGUGCAAAAGAGAGAGAGAGAGCACGAAGGGAGAGCGAAAGAGAGAGAGAGAGCACGAAGGGGAGAGCGAAAGGGACAGAGACAGAGUGUGUGUGAGAAAGAGAGGGAAGGGGGAGCAAACGAGAGAGACAGACAGAGAGAGAGAGAAAGAGAGAGAGUAGGAGAGAGAGUGCAGUGGAGAAAGCAGGGGGCUUGAAAGCAGAACUGUGAUGCAGACAGCAAAUCACAUGAGCAGGGAUCUGUUUACAAACUGAGCAGGAGCUCUGGUCGCCACCAUUAUGAAGAGCCUCCACUGAGGCAGAGAAAACCCAGCUGGGACGUUAGCGUUAGCCACUGGAGGUGGGGGAACCGUCUCAGUGUCUUUUUUUUUCACCCCCUCCCUUGAUUUUUUUGGAAUAAAAGGACCAGAUGGUGGUUACAGAAAAAAAGGAGAGAGAAAAAAACACGGAAAUGCCAGCCACAGCUUGAGGGCUGUCCUCAGAGGCACACGACAAAACUGCCUGCCACAUAGUCCCGUCUUUUGUCUCAGUUUUGGGAGAAUCGUGCAAAAAAGGAAUACGUUUGUGACGACAGGUAUCAGAACGGAAAACGGCAAGAGGAGCUGGGAGCAGAGAGAGACACAGAGGAGGGGUGAGGCUUGUGAUUUUUUGUUUUGAGGGAAGACAAAGCGGUGUGUGUUUGGAACACUGUGCUUGCUGGGAAUAAUGGAAUUCUGACUGUUGUUUUUGUUCCUGUUGUUGUGUCUUCUGGGAUUGUGAUAAUUUCUCUCUCUCUCUGUUGCAAAUGACAACAGGAAAUAUUUUUACCUCUCGGUGCAAAUGCCGUUUGUGGAUUGUGAAUCUUUAAUCAGUUUUGUUAGUUCCUGUGAAAACCCAACUGAUUUUUACUGACAAUCAUAUUCUGCUCUGUGGUUCUGUGUGGUAAACAACAGGCUGAGACAAAGCCUCUCUCUCAGAAAUCCACUCGUUUUGUUAGAAGUCCUGUGGCUAAACUGGACAUCUGUUGCCAAAGGGCAGGCAUUUAAAAAAAAAGGUGGAAUUAUUUGUUUAUGACUCAGCCGACCACAGCAGCUGAGGAACAUGUGAGUGGCUUUGUCCGACAUUUCAUCCAAAAAACCCCCCAAAAAAACAACAACAACAACAACAACAACGUUGCUGGUGCGCGGCCAAGUUCAGAGACGAGGUCACGAAGCCCGGAGUGGCACUGCGCGGAGCCCGCUGGGUUCUGCGCUUUCCAUGGUCGCCGUCGGAGACGCAUCCCGGAGGAGACGCAGCCCGGAGACCCAGAGAGCGGUCUAGCAGCCUUCGGCCGUGGGCGGCCCACUGGCACCGCCCGAGACCCAGCCCUGACAGCCGGACCCCUGGCAUCGGCCCCCUGAAACCACCGGUGCCGCUGGCAGCCGCAUUUCAUGCACCCAUUCCAGUGGUGUAACGGAUGCCUGUGUGGCCUGGGGUUGCAGAGUUCAGAAAAGAAUUGCGAGAUGACGUCAGAAAACAUCUACCACCUCCCGCUCAACGCAUAUGUCAUCGUCCUGGGGGUUGGCCUCUUCAUCUUCAUGCUCAGCAUGAUAUUCUGCUGCUACCUCUUCAGGUUACGACGGCAAGGGACAAGGGAGCAGUACGGCUACAAUGAGGUUGUGCUGAAAGGAGCAGGGAAGAAACUGAGUCUUCUUGGACAGACCUGUGCGGUGUGCUUGGAGGAGUUUCGGACCAGAGACGAGCUGGGUGUGUGCCCCUGCUCCCACGCAUUUCACAAGAAGUGCCUGGUGAAAUGGCUGGAGAUCCGCAGCGUGUGCCCCAUGUGCAACAAACCCAUCUGCAGGCUCACGUCAGACGCCCCCCGGGGGGCAGAGGGGCCCCAGGACCCCGAGGAGGUGUGAGGGAGGGAGGGAGGGGC